GAAGGCAAUUCCAAGAUGGCUGCUGACGAGUGGAGAAAUUGUGUCGACUGGCUGGUCAGAUGUCAAAUAUUGCCGGCCGAUCAUAAAGCCACCAAACAUGAUGCUACAGCUUUUGAUCUAGCGCAAGCGUUGAGAGACGGCGUGUUGUUGUGUCACCUGUUAAAUACACUAAAACCAGGAUGUAUAGAUAUGAAAGAUUUCAGCUCCCGUCCUCAGAUGUCACAGUUCUUGUGCAUGAAAAACAUCCGGGCCUUUUUAACCACCUGCACCAGUACAUUUGGCCUGGCCCACGGAGACUUGUUUAAACCUAAUGAUUUAUUUGAUGUCAAAGAUUUCAGGAAGGUCCUGGAGACCCUUUCCAGGUUAUCAAAAACUGACAUUGCAUUGCGUAAAUUUAGGGGUUUUCAAAGCUACGGUUCACCUUUUGGUCGACGAGGGCCAUAUUACAAUGAUGUUCAGAUGCAAGCAAUUGGCUUUCCUCCUGAUUCCAGGCCUGAUGAGGCUGAACAAAUUGAUGACAUAUAUGGGAAUUUACAGGAUCUAGCAAUAGAAAAUGACCUGGAAUACCAGGAGGACAUAUACGACCCUGUCUAUCAGGAAGAUGAGGAGAAAAUUUAUGACGAUCUUCUUGGAAAGAGGAAAGUCUCGGUGGCUACAGAGCAGGCCCUGACCAAACGUGACCAUUGUAUCAAAGAGCUCCUGGACACAGAGAGCAACUACAAAAAUGCACUGAAGAUGAUAGUUGAUCAUUUCAUCAAGCCCUUACAUAAUGUGUUACAGGCAGCGGACAGAGAUUUAGUAUUUGCACACAUUGAGCAACUUUAUGAAGUUCACAAGGAGCUGAAUGACAAGCUGAGUCGCUCAGCCAGUCAAGGUCACCCCCGCCUAGCAGACGUCUUCAUACAAUUCAAACCCAAACUGCUUGUCUAUGGGGAUUUUUGCUCCAACCUUCCACGAGCCCAGGAAAAAAUUGAUAAAAUCUGUGAGAAUGAGCUGCUGAGGUUGAAAAUUCAGGAAUGUGAACGGAGGGCUAAUGAAGGCAAGUUUAGGUUGCGAGAUCUCCUACAUGUUCCCAUGCAGAGAGUGCUCAAGUACCAUCUCCUGUUACGGGAGUUGAUAAAAAACACAGACAAGUCCAGCAGUGAAAGAGAUGGUUUAGAGCAGGCCUUGGAAGCUAUGCAGGACUUGUCCCUCUAUGUGAAUGAGGUGAAGAGAGACUAUGAAAGUUUGCAGGUCAUAGACGAGAUUCAAAACAGCAUCAAUGACCUCAGAAUGCCUGCGAACACAUCCCUGAAAGAUUAUGGCAGAUUCCAGAAAGAUGGUGAGCUGAAAGUUCUCUCACAUUCGGACAACCGACAAAGAAACCGGCACAUCUUCCUCUUUGACAAGGUCAUGCUGAUGUGCAAGGCUAAG